AUGGAACCGCAAGACUUCACCUGGAUUCGAAACUGGGCAGCUAUUGGUGAUAGCUAUACGGCAGGCAUUGGCAGUGGAGAUCUGUGGAGCGAAAGGCAGGAGGACUACAAAUGCUCUCGUUAUGACCUGUCGUAUCCAGUCCUUUUGAAACAUGCCAUUGGACCCCAGGUGCAAGACUUUCAGUACUUGGCCUGCAGCGGGGAUCGCCUUGCCGACAUCUACAAGCAGGCAGGCGAGCUACGGCGGAUGCAGGAUCUGGUGGUGCUGACUGCUGGGGGAAAUGACCUGUGCCUGGCCGACAUCAUCAAGACAUGCAUCUUCCUCCCCUUCCAGGGUGAACAGAAGUGCCAGGAAGUUCUUGACCAGGCCCAGCAGAACAUUGACACCAUCCUCAAGCCCAAGAUCCUCGAACUCCUGAAAAAGGUCAUGACCAAGAUGAACAUGAACGGGAUCAUUAUCUACGUCCUCUAUGGCCAGUUCUUCAACACGGACAACGACGACUGCACCAAUGGUCAGGACUGGGCCUUCCCCCGGUUGGAUCCCGUCCACCCCCUCCGCUUGACUCGCGAGCGCCGUGCCAUAUUCAACAAACUAGUGGUCAACAUCAAUAACGCCAUCAAGGACGUCAUUCAUGGCAUUCGGCCACACGACAACCCCGAGCCGCGCCUUCGCACAGCAGACUGGGAUGCCUUCAUGAAGGAUGGUCUCCAGGGACAAUACUGUGUGCCCUGGUCGACCGGUCAGUAUCCCGAUCCCAAGCAGCCCUAUCUCCAUUUCUUCAAGCCGGACACCACCAACUCCGGUCAUUAUGAGCUGAAGAAGCGCGACCUGAUCAACAGCAUCUCCGUCGCUGAUGAUGCCAUAUCUGCCCUCUACAACUCAACCCUCUACCUCUCGCCCAACCCAUCCGCUGCCGUCCUGCAUGACCUCAACCCCGGCAGCAGCCCUGCGCCGCCCGGCUGUCCUGGCGACAAGGGCCCAUCGCUGGGUAUUGGCCUGCCCGACCGCUGGGGCAAAUACUUCCACCCGAAUGAGUUGGGCCACCGGACGAUGGCAUCCUUCGUACUGGACUCAAUCAUCACCGAGCGAUCUCUCACCCUCAUGAAGCCCAACCCGACCUGCAUGCGUCACCGUGAUGAAUUCCGCUGCUGGCAAAAAGACGGCCGCAAGGACUACGCCAACCCGGACCUCCUGUACCGGAACUACAAAACCUACUGCGCCGAAGUCAAACGACCCAAGAACGCAAAGAAUUGGAAAGACGAGCGCUGGUUCAACAGUGACACGCCCGACACCCACUACUUCAGCAUCACGCUCAGCAACGACGCCACUCACUACGACCCAGCCCACUGCAUGGAGUCCUUCGAGCGUAUCAUCACCAGCUGCGAUGGCAACGACCCCGAGAACCCGAUGAACUGGAAGUUCGGUGGUCGCUGGACUCGCGGGAGCUAUACGUACGAACUUAACGUCCAGAAUUCGUUCAAGCGGCCCUGGCCACCCACCAAGAAGGUUGGGGGCUACUGUGAUGGCCGCUUUAAAGGCUUGUUUUCUCAUUACAAUAUGCGCGGUCGUGGCUGGUCGACCUGGGACUCGGGCCAGGAAACUCUCGUGCCCGCCAUCCGGAAGUGUUUAGGGCUCGGCGGGUUGACGGGGUUCGGAUUUAAGUAUCUUGAUGAGCCGGAUAAGGAUGGGAAUGAGUGGGCAGCUUGGUUCAAUACUCCUAUUUUGUUUUCGGCUAGAUGUUUUGCAAAUAAUAAGGUCGCGUUUGCGGCUGGUGGGUUUACGGAUGGAUGCAGUGGGACUGGAUGA